AUAUCGGUGAUCUCAACCGAGCGAGCGAGUGACGCUUAUUUUAAAAAUUUGGUACUGAUCUAACGGGGGGGAGCUGAUCGAAACGAUCCUCCGUUUGAGGCACAACCCCGCGCUCAGAAAUGGUGAGUCAGCUUUCCUCGGCGUCGCGCUCGUUCGGCGGUGGCUCCUUCGUCGUGCUUUCGUUCGAUUUCGCCAGUGCUCCUUUUCUCAACAUCGAGAUCCACAGUAUAUAAGCAGCACUAUGACUUCAUGCAACAGGGAGCAUCACUGCGCUCUUUCGACCCAAAGGAACUCUACAAGACCAACAACUCGCUAUGUCGGACAAUGCGAUCCCCACUGACUUCACUAAAGGGCCCAGUCAUGUUCACCCCCCAAUAGACAAAAAAAGUAUGACAGCUUCACAGAAUGAAGUUGAGAAAGGUUCACAGCACAAUGUGGAUAUUCAAGACGCUCCUCACGGAUUGGCGACUCUUGGACAAGGUAGAAAAAAUGUCUUGCUUUUGAUAUUCUCAAUCGCUACGUUUGUGGACGUUUGCAACGUAUCUGGCGUUGCAGUGGCUGUAGCCCAAAUUUCUCAAGAUAUCAACCUAGGCUAUUCUCAGAUAGUUUGGAUCAUCACGUCCUAUUCCCUUUGCUUCGCUGCUUGUCUUCUACUGGCUGGACGUCUAUCGGACCUCUUUCCUGCUUCCAUAGUCUUUGAGGGAGGUUUCUUUGUUUUGGGAAUAUUCAGUUUGAUUGUCUCUUUCGUAACCUCUAACAAGUAUGGUUUCCUGAUCUUACGAGGAUUAGGUGGAAUUGCUGGAGCAAUGACUAUUCCAUCUUCGUACCACCUUACUGUUCACAUGUUCCCCGAUCCGGACGAGAAACAGAAGAAACUAGCUUUACUUAGUCUUUCAGGUGCCAUUGGUAACGUCUUGGGGCUCGUCCUUGCCGGCAUUUGCAUGUUGGCGAACUAUAAAUGGUUCUUCCGUGUCCUCGCCAUCAUUUGUGUCGCAUUCACCGCGAUCUGCUUUCUCCUUCUACCCUUAACUCACUCGGCAUACAAAUCAGAGGAAGGGCUUCCUCGUUGGAAGAGACUCGACCUCAUCGGUGUGGGCUUUAUGAUGGCCUGUCUCAUUUGCUUUAUUCUUUCUCUUACGCAGGGACCGAUCGAUGGAUGGGGGUCUGCUUCGUUCAUUGCUCCUUUCGUUCUGAGCUUCCCUCUUGCUAUUGGCUUUUUCUUCUGGGAAUCGAAAAUUCCCGCCAAAUCUGCUGUCCUGCCUAGCUCGGUGUGGAAGAUCACGAACAUUGUGAUCACAAGCCUCGCAAUUGGCAUUGCCUUCCCUUUUUGGGCGACGUCACAACUCAUGUAUGCAACCUACUUCCAAGAAGUUAUGGGAUGGACUCCAAUCAAAGUCGCGGCUGCCAUGCUUCCCCAAGGUGUCACUGGCCUUAUUGUUGGUGGUCUUGCCCAACAAAUCCCACAAAUAAUUACCAAGCCCAAAUUUAUCCUGCCUUUGGGUAGUCUAUUCAUCGUCGCCGCCGAGCUUCUCCAGAUCUUUUCCAAUGGCGGGCAUGGCAAAGAUUACUGGCGAUACUGUUUCCCUGCCUUUAUACUUGGUAGCGCCGGCGCUAUCUUGACCUAUUUCUGCACUUCCAUCAACUUGAUUACAUACUGUCCGCCAGAGAUGGCUGGCGUAGCUGGUGCCUGGGUUCAGGUCAUGGCUCAAGUUGCUUCUGCCAUCACACUCGCGGUCCAAGCGUCAUUUGAAGGCGACGGAGUUGCUGAUUGGAACAUGGCAGCCCGUCGAUCAUUCUACUUCCAAAUUGCUUGGACGGCAGUGUUGUGUAUCCAGUUUGUUAUUUUCUUCAAGAAGCCAAGCUCUCCGGAAGAGGCGCACGAGGCGACUAGGCGAAGGAUUGCGGAAAGCGGAAAGGAUGCGGGAGUAUAAGAUAACAUUCUAUUUAAAGCACUUGUGUCGUUUGAUUUCGGGCAUGUAGUAGGUCGAUGAUGGUUGAUUUUUGUAGAAUAGUGCCAGCGUAUAAAGUAUAGAGUAUAUCAGCAUGUAUAACGUAAUUGCCCCACUAGUGAAACAUGCAAACCGAGAUUCGG